GGCAGCCUCGACGAACCCCGCGACGCCCCCCUACGAUACCCGCCGCCUGCGAUGUCAUCGUGACUAAGCCGCGCUUGGUGCCACGCACCUCCCGAAAUGCAUACUCCAACGUUGCUAAUGCCUGCCUACAUGCCUAUAUUAGGUGCCGUGCCUAUAGCAACUCCAUGCACCUGCAUACACAUGCAGACAUGCAGGCAACAUGCACGUAGACCAGAUUAUACCUGUACGGAGACGGGACGAUCGCGAUAGGGUAGAGGUACCUGCCUAUGGCAGGCCUUGCGUCGAUCUCGACCCUUCCCACCGCCCAUCCACAUCCCAUGCAAGGCAUCGGAUCUCAGCUCUCCUCAUCCGAUCCGCACCCUACCCGCCAGCGCACCGCCCACCGUCACGGUUACACCUCUCGAACCUCGACGCGUCCAGCCGUCGCCGCCAUGUCGCACCCCGUGCCGCCGUCGCAGCCUGUCCGCCUGACCAAAGCCGCCAGCAUCGUGCCGUCGGGCGGCCAGACCGCGGGCAUGGUGCGGUCCAACGCCAUCGUCGACCAGUGUGACGGCAUCUGCGCCACCCACAUGCUGGCCCUGCCGCGCACCGCCUCUGCCGUCCACCACCACGGCCCCCAGGACACCGUCGUCUACGCCGUCAGGGGCCGCGGCAGCGUCGUCAGCGAAGGCGGCGCCCGCCGCCUCCACCUCGAGCCCGGCGACUUCGCCCUCAUCCCCGCCUUCGCCGAGCACCAGGAGGUCAACGACAGCGACGAGGAGGUCGUUUGGGCCAUCGUUCGUAGCGGCCGCGUCCCCGUCGUCGUCAACCUGACCGGCUGGAAUGGCGAGCCCGUCGAGGGGUGACCUCUCUCUUCGGAUCGUCCUGUUGCGUAUGCGUAUAGGUAUAUGGGUGUGUGUGUUGGUGUGUAUAUGUGUACGUAAUACGUGUGUAGAUAUGGUAGGAACAGGGAGGAACAGGGACGGGAGAAUAACCUCGGUUUUCUUCCGCACGUCUCCAUUCGUAUGGCUGGCGGAAUGCACGCCGAUGCACCCGUGCCGUAACACCCGAGCGAUAUCCCCCGAUGUCGAAAUGUUGAAUGCCUCAUUGGGCUUGUAUGUAUGUGUAUGUGUGUAUGUUUGUAUAUAUACGGCACCCAAGAGAUAUUCAUGAUACCAUCCGUCCGUCGCCCCUUGUACCCAACCGGUCGACUCCGUACGCUUCCGCACCUCUACUUCUAAAUUCCUUUAUCUCGUCUUCACACCAUCUCAUCCCACCACUCCUUACCCCCCCCUUCGUUCCCCCGC